ACCCUCAUGCUACAGCCAUACCUCUCCAUACCUCCAAUAAACCGACAGUGCAUUCUUAUCAAGCAUCUUAUUGUCCUGAGUCUUGCUUGUAGUAAAGGUUGUGUCUUGCUUGCAGUAACGGUCGCUGCGCGAUGGGCGGCCUCGCCAACUCGCGCCACGCCCCGCUGUCGCGUCGCCCGCGACGGGACGAUCUGCCGCCCUCUCCCACCGCAACCGCCCACAACAACAACGACGAAGACUACCCCACCGCCCUCCCGCGGCACCCAUCACCACCACUUCCACCUCCACCACGACCACGGCGACCGUCCGCCGCGCACGAGCUCGCGCGCUACACCAAGAUCGUGCGCCGGCUGAAGUGGAAGCUGCCGUUCCUGGCGCAGGGCUACCAGCGCGCGGUGGUCGACCGGGUCGGCGGCGACGCGGCGGCGACGGCCGAGGCGGAGCUGAUGUUCAAGCUCGACUUCUUCGAGUACUACAUGCUGAUCGAGCGGGCGCUGGUGCACCUGCUCGGCGUGUUCGGCGUCGAGGUACCGAGGGACACCGCCAUAUACCGACACGAUAAGAAGCCGGGUUCAGGGUCCGGGCUGGGGGCGAGUAUUUGGUGUGAUGGAAGAGGAAGAGAAGAAGGGACGGGGCAGCCGGCGGCGGCACGGCAUCGCUACCACGCGAAUGUGCUGGCUGCGCUGGAUCGGGAGGAUAAUCCGCUACAUGGCACGCUGGGGACGGGCGAGGUGAGGAGGCAGCUGGGGCGGGCGAAGGAUCUGCGGAAUCGGUGGAAGACGGCUGGCGAUGAGGAGGAUUGUGAGCCUUGUCAGCGAGACCAUGACCGGAGGUCCCCUGCCCGGGGCACGGAGACAGAGGAAAGGGCGUGGCGGACUAAGAAGAUCGCUGCGCCGCUGGACUCGUACCGCCUUGAACACAUGCUGGAGGUCAUCUUUCAGGGCUUUGACGAGGCGUUCAAGGUUGCCGAGUGGUUUGUGAGAGGCGGUUCUGUGCCGGGGGUGCAAUUGGACGCGGACAUGCUCGGGGAAGACGGGAGGGUGAUCGACUGGGCUGCGGCUGCGGAUGACGGCGAUCAGUGGGAGUUCAUGGUGGACGCCAUGGACUGGGAGGCGGUAUGAGCAGCAAGUUGGUUGGAUACGUCUUCGAUGUUCUGUCUUGGGCGGCGUCUUCUUGGGUUCAUC